AUGCAAAUACGGGCUGUGAGCCAGGCCGAGUUGGGAAGGGAAAAUCCAGCUUCACACCCGGGCUCGGCCGAACUCAUCCCAGAAAAUAUCCCCACCCAUCCCGAACGAAUCCCCACCCAUCCGCUCCUCCGCAUCGCAUCCGCCUCGACCCGCAACCCCGUCGCCCCGUCGCCCCCACUCCCUCGUCACGCAAGCGCUCCUCCGCAUCGCCAUCCGUCGCCCAUCUUCCCGCCGGCCCGCCGCUCCUCUUCUCCGGCCAGGCUCCCCGCUCCCUCUCACCCGCAGCCGGCCGCCCUCCACCCUGCAGCUCCCCCGCUUCCCGUCCAGGCCCUGCCCGGCACCACCAAAUCCCAAUCGCCCCCCACGCCCAUCUUCCCGCCGGCCCGCCGCUCCUCUUCUCCGGCCAGGCUCCCCGCUCCCUCUCACCCGCAGCCGGCCGCCCUCCACCCUGCAGCUCCCCCGCUUCCCGUCCAGGCCCUGCCCGGCACCACCAAAUCCCAAUCGCCCCCAUGGAGGUCGGGAGCUCCCUGGUCGCUAAGGAUGAAAAGAACUCCGUUUUUUCGCUUGUGCACCUUGUUUAGAGAGAGGUCAUUAUUGAAAGAUAGUAUCCAUACUUCUAUCGAGGAACAAGUAGCCAUGUUUCUCCUAGUAGUUGGGCACAACACAAGGUUUAGAGCUCUACAGCCAACUUUCAGAAGAUCUAUUGAAGUUAUUAGUAGGUAUUUUAAGGCGGUGCUAUAUGUUGUUGGAGAGUUGCGAGAUGAGAUGAUCCGUCCUCCCUCCACUCAAAUCCACCCUAAAAUUCAGGAAAACAACCGCUUCAAUCCUUACUUCAAGGACUGUAUUGGAGCAAUUGAUGGGACACAUGUGCUUGCUAGAGUCCCAAAAAAUAUCUCAGCCGCAUUUAGGGGUAGAAAAGAAGGCACUACACAAAAUGUUAUGGCUGCGGUAGACUUUGAUUUAAAGUUUACCUAUGUGCUUGCUGGUUGGGAGGGAUCAGCCCAUGAUGCCCUUGUACUUGCGGAUGCUGUGGAGAGGGAUGAUGGGUUGUCUCUUCCUCCAGGAAAAGUCUACCUCGUUGAUGCUGGGUAUGGUGUGAAACCGGGUUUCCUUCCACCGUACCGUAAAACAAGGUACCACUUGAAGGAGUAUGGUGGAGGGAAUAAUCCAGAAAAUUAUAAAGAGUUGUUCAACUUAAGACACUCUUCUCUAAGGAUAACAAUUGAGAGGGCUUUUGCUGCGUACAAGAACCGUUGGAAAUUUGUUUACAAUAAGCCAUUCCAUCCUUACAAGACCCAAGUCAAAGUAGUGAUAGCUUGUGCCAUUCUCCAUAAUUGGGUACUUCAAUUUGGAGAGGAUGAAUAUUUCCCACCAGAGGAAACAUGAGAACCG